AUGCUGUGCGUGCGCCCGCUGUGGGGUCUGGCCGCAUCAGGGGUCUGCGUCCUGCUGCUGCUGCUGCUGCUGCACGGGGACCUGCUCCGAGAAGGCCAGUUGUCGGCAGGUUCGUGUGAGGUUGUGACCCUGGACCGGGACAGCAGCCAGCCGCGGACCACCAUCGCCCGGCAGACGGCCCGCUGCGCCUGUCGGAGAGGCCAGAUCGCCGGGACGACCAGAGCCCAGCCCGCCUGCGUGGACGUGCGUAUCGUGAGAGCUCGUCAGUGGUGCGACAUGUCCCCGUGUCUGGACCAUGAGGGAUGUGGACUUCUCAUCAACAACUCGGGCUGGACCUGCACCCGGCCUGGAGGACGGGUCAAGACCACCACGUGA